AUGACGCUCCUAUCACGGUCCAUGUCGGCCUUCAAGUUCCCAAACAAUACAAACCAGGCGGGCAGUAGCAGCAGUAGCAGUAGCAGUAGAGCAGAAGCAGGACCCUCCCGUCAACCACCCCGUCCCUUCCCCUUUCUCCGACUACCCCGCGAAAUCCGUGACGAAAUAUAUUCCUACCUCGUCCUCUUCGAUCCACAACCUCUCGCCUCGACCGCCAAAUACUUCCUGCCACAAUUCCAACAACCCCUAAGUACGAUCCGAUCCGCCGCUCCUCUUGUAAAACUCCAACGACCAAGACUAGAUCUUGCGAUAUUCCGUGUAAACCGAAAGAUCCAUGAAGAAGCAGCUAGAAUGUUUUAUAGGGAGAAUACUUUCCCUAUUAGGAUUAUUAUUCGUAGACCUGGGUAUUCGAUGAAAUUUCCCGCGAAGAAGGGUGGGUUUGAUGUCUAUUAUGAGACUCUGUGGGAUCGUGUCAACUUCUUUUAUCAUCCGGAUCAACAUGUCCGCGAAUUCCAAGAAGUCCAAGAAUUCUACCUCGGCCGCACCUUCGCCCCCAUCCACAACCCAGAAUCCGAACUCCUCCCAGCCGCCAUCUACCGUCCCGUUCUCCGCAAAGUUCACAUAGACGUAAUAGACACCCGCACCGGCGACGAAGAUUGGAGAGAAGAGCCCCGCUCAAGCGUCCGCACGGUCCUAAUGCCCCUCGUAGCCCGUCUAAAGCCCGUCCUAAACCCUGCAGGAAAGCGUCUAAACGUCAAAAUUAGAAUCCUAACCAUAAUGGAAUCAUACAACCCCACGGACCCGAACUACGGAUCCUACGAAAAUACAUCCGCAUGGGGGGAUGUUUAUAACGAUAUUAAGAGGAAGAAGGUUAAACGACCGUCAGAGAAGAAUGUGAAAAGACUUAUUGCGAUGGCGUGGCCGUUGACGAGGGGGAAGUGGAAGUAUUCGCUUGUUACGCCGUUGGAUCUACACUUGAUAUUUGAGAAGGCUAUUAAAGCAGAGUUGGAGAAGUGUAAUAAGGAUGUAGGGACUGAGGAACAAGAAGCGGAAUAUAAGAGUGCGAAGUUGGGGGAGAUGUGUUUUUGGACGAGGGAGAAAGGGAGGUUAGUGGUUAUGAGUACUGCGGAUUAG